AUGCUUUGUCAUCGAGCCGCAGCAUACCGUCUGACCUAUGUCGUGUGCGCUUCUGGUCCUGCGACGAGGCAAGUGCGGUGGCGACAGUGGCUGUUCCCGCAAGCUACAAAGGGCUGGCGGCCUGAACGGUUUGAACAUGAAGGCCAAGCACUCCAGUUCGCAAGACAGUCAAAGCGCAUUCCCAUCUGGAAGCUGGGAUGGGCCAUGGCCUAUCAGCGCGUUUCUUGUGACAGACAAGUCAACGAAGAGCAGGUGCAUGCAUGUUUGACCGCAUAA